CACAGUUGGACGGUGAUGAUAGUAAGGGCACAAUCAAAUGACCUCCUAAAAGACAUUUGUGGGCGACCCUUCAUGGGACAACCUUGUAAAAAAAGAGAAAGCGAGGCUAGUUUUUAGAGGGGUAUAAAGGAUUUUCCAGACUUUUAUCGCGUAAAAAUAAGUAUAAAGAAGUAAUUAUUUUUUAAGAAGAAAAAAGCAUUCAUCCUUGAAUCGCGUCGAUUAUCGUUUUAAAAGCUCGCUGUGUCCUCAAGAGAAAGGAGCGAGCAAUGAGUACAAGCGAUGGCUCAGAAGAACUAGCCAAGUUAGUUCAGGGCCCAGGACCAGAAAGCCAUAGCGAGAAAAAUGCGAGUCGCCGAGGGAGAUCUUGCUGGGGUUACUGCUGCAGAUGUUGUCGGUGUUUAGCCGGCGUGUUACUGUUUCCUGUUGUUCUUUUGCUCUCCAUACUUGGAGGGAUUGUCUGGCUACUCCUCUGUCCAUUGCGUUGCUGUAGCCCGUGCGUAAGUCCGCUGAUCGAUCUCGUCGUCCAGCUGCUCACGCUGCCGCUGAAAUUGUUCCGAUGGAUUGCAGGCGCUACCGAAGAAGACGAGAAAGACGAUGCCCCCAGCAAGGGUGACCCAGAGAAAUAGCAAGCAAAUUGGACAAAAACACAUCACGUGUUCUUAGGGUCUUCUGGAUAGUGGGUGUUUCAGGCGCGCACAAAAGACUGGAUGGGUGGUGGUUGGUGGGGGGGG